GUCUUCAUAUCUCUUGAAAUCAGGCCAACAUGUUGGACUUCAUCUCCUUUGCCAUCUUCCUCAUUAUUAUCUCCACCACCCUCCUCCUGCUCCUCUCCAUCCACCACUUCCAAAAACCACCCCAUGUCCGCCGCCGUCUCAACCUCCCACCAAGCCCAUUCGCCUUGCCAAUCGUCGGCCACCUCCACCUCCUCAGCCCCUUCCUCCACCGCUCCCUCCACGACCUCUCCUCCCUCUACGGCCCCUUGUUUCACCUCCGCCUCGGCUCGGUCCCAUGCUUCGUAGUCUCCACUCCCGAGCUUGCAAAAAAGUUCCUCAUGACACACGAGCUCAAUUUCUCAUCUCGCAAGCAUUCCAUCGCCAUCGAUCGCCUCACCUACGACUCUGCAUUCGCCUUUGCGCCAUACGGUCCGUAUUGGAAAUUCCUCAAUAAGUUGUGCAUGUCUGAUCUUCUCGGCAAUCGUAGUAUCAAUCAUUCGCUUCCCGUUCGAACCAGAGAACUAAACGCCUUCCUUCAACUUGUCAUGAAAAAAGCCAAUGAUUGUGAAGCUGUGAACCUCACUAAAGAGCUGUCAAAGUACACAAACACUAUCAUCUCUCAGAUGAUGAUAGGUGUUACGGGUGAGGCUGAGGAAGCUCGAACUCUUGCCCGCGAGGUGACACAGAUAUUCGGAGAAUUUAACGUGUCGGAUUUCAUUUGGGUUUUCAAGAACUUGGAUUUGCAGGGGAUUCGGAAGAGGGUUGAGGACAUUCACUCAAGGUACGAUGCAUUGCUUGAAAGGAUUAUCACAAACCGGGAACAUGAAAGAAAAUCACCGAGUCUUGGAGAUCGUCACGCCAAGAAUUUUCUCGACAUAUUGCUUGAUGUUUCAGAAGAUGACAAUUUGAAUAUCAAAUGCACCAGAGAUCAAAUUAAGGGUUUGAUUUUGGUAAUUAUAUAAUUAUCACAAACUUUUGUACAAUAUAUCAA